UUUGUUUGUUACACGAGAUUUUUCUCCCAAAGGACAACAACGAAAAGCCCACUUCCUUCAAAUGCAGGAAACCAAAGAAUUUGAUUCUUCUCCUGAAUUAUUACCUAUAUAAUGCCAUUUUUCUGAAGCAACACGUUUGUUUUACUAUUUAAAUGUGCUCACUGGGAAGUUAUAUAGCGAGUUUGUUGUUUUGCCGUCCUUUUGCUAGCAAUUUUGUGACGUCGUCGUUUGUUGACUCGCGAAGCACCAGAAGUAGAGAAAGAUUCUCCGUUAGAUCCUGAUCAUUCUAUUCUGAGCCCCUCAUCAGUAUUUAUGACGCAUUACUGGGGUGAGAUUCCUGGGCCCGCUGGGGCCCCCCCCAGCCGCAGCUCCUUUGAGUUGCUGCAGCGAGAGUUUCGCUCAGUGGAAAUGCAGGACCCCCCCCUGCACCAGCCCUCUGCCCAGCGUCCCCGGCCCACAACCAUGCUGGACAUCCCCUCCGAGCCGUGCAGCCUCACCAUCCACACCGUGCAGCUGUGCCAGCACAUCCGUCGCCUCCGCGCUCUUCUGGCAGCGGCCCAGGCUCAAGGUCCGAGCUCCACCCCGUCUGAGGGUUGCAACCGGCUAGAAGAGGCUGACGCCAAUCUGCCGCUCCGCCCUCCAACCCCACCCGUUAUGCCAGACGAUUUGUUGCCAGCAGAUAGCAAAGCCCCCCGUCAGCCCUUUCAGCUUCGCCAUAGUGAUCCUGAGAGCAACUUCUAUAAGGGUGAAGGUGAACCUGUCACAGAGCUGAGUUGGCCCUCCUGCAGGCAGCUCCUCUAUCAGUCAGUCGCCACGGUUCUGGCUCACGCUGGCUUUGAGUCGGCCCAGGAGAGCGUGCUGGAGACCCUAACCGAUUUGGUUCAUGAGCACUAUUUACGCCUCACCUUCCUGCUGAGGACAGCAGUAGAUCGAGAGGCCCGUCUGGGAUCCAGUCCUUUUGCAGACGUGGUGGAACAGGUCUUCCACGAGAUGGGCAUUGGCAGCAUGUUGGCCCUACAGCGCUUCUGGCAAGUGAGGAUCAAGGACUAUCACAGCUACAUGCUGCGGGUCAGUAAGGAUCUGUCAGAGGAAUACGAGCGGCUGGUGAAUCCAGAGAAAGCUCUAGAGGACUCAAAGCCUCUGAAUAUCAAGGAAGAGCCCAUGAGUGACAUCCCCUUUCCUGAAAGCGAGGAGCCUGAAGCUGAUCUGGCCUCUGGGGACCAGGCCUUGCCCAUGGGAGUUCUUGGAGCCCACACCGACCGGCUGGCUUCAGGCCUGGAUGCUGACCACUCCCCCCGUACAUCAGGCGCGGGUGCAGCCAGCAGCUCCCCCCUGUGGUCCCACGUGAAAAUGGAGCCGCAGGACGAGGAAGUGCACGGCCCCGGUCACCAUCACCCUCAUCACCACGGCGUCCUGGGCGGAGACGUGUUUGAGGAAGGGGAGCCGAUGUCCACCAUGAGUGAGUCAGGAGGAGCGAUGGCCUCCUCCCCAGUGGGGGGAGCAUCUGAUGGCAGCUACGGGUCACACUCUCCCGACUCCCUGAUGGGAACCUCGCCGGUUUUCAACCAGAGACCCAAGAAAAGAGCCAAGAAGAUGUGAAGCUGGGAGUGACGCAAGGACUCGACUGAAAGACAGAAGAAUGAGAGCAGCCAGGACUGACAGACGGCAGGAAAAUGGGGUUUGGAGGAAUUUUCUCUCAGAUAGGUUUUCUAUUCAGUGUUUAUUUGUUAAAAAUAAAAAAUAAAAUAAGUUAAAGCAC